AUGCCUGGGUCUCCAAGUGAGCUAGGUCAGAUACAAUCCCUCCGCCGCUCCCUCACCCUUCCCACCAAGUUAAAUCCACUUGCGCAACGUCGCUCGAGCGUGCCGAAUACCCCCGAACAUGUAAUUUUCUACCACCCAUCUGCGAAAAUUGUGCAUUUCUCCCCAAGAGCCCUCGCCCCUAUUCCUUCCAGUUCUGCGCCGUCCGACUUCGACUACCCGGUCGACACCAUCGAAACACUCCCCUGGCGCUCUGCAACUGAACGAACUGUCGCAACAGCGCCACUGAGGCUAGAGAAGGUCCAUGGUUCAACCGCAUUUCUGAAAUGUGGAAAUGUUGUCCAUGCGAUCCUGAAAAACUCCCAGUGUUGGUGUGUUGACGGGGUCUCAAAGUUUGUUUUACGCAUUCGCCCUCUUACAUACUAUCGCAUCGAAAUACCAUACGAGACGGAAGAUGACCAGAGUUUGGUGCGGGAUCUGAAGAUCGCGUUGCCGACGGUGCUUCGGUAUGAGGUCACGCCAUGUCCUUUCAAACGCGCUUUUAGUGUGGAGCUCCCGAGCGACGCGAUGGCCCCUCGGCGCAAAAAGGCCUGGCAACCUAAAGAUCGGAGAGAAAGGGUACCUACUGUUCUAGAACCUCCGCGAGAGACAGCGUCACCCUCUUCAGUCAGGUCGGAUUGUCUCGAUUCCGCGAGCACUGGGGACGACACCGACGGAAACCUAACUGAUGACAGUUGUUUCACUUCAAACAAAGCGAACAGUACUAUUUUGGAGACUAUUCCUGACGACCGGGAAUCUUCUCCUGUUGAGGCUUUGAGUCCUUCCCCAUUCCUUGGACCUCCUAGGCGCUCGGUGACCGAAACACCACAGACUUUCACUAGCCUGCUUGCAAAGUUUGAGGCUACAUCAGUCGCAGAGGACGACCAUGACAUUGAACCUGCGCUCAAGCCAGAAUACCCAUCCAGUACCGAUGCUGCACUCCAAAUUGAUCAUGAGCGCAAGGUUACAGACCAACUCGAACCCGAGUUACUAGCCGACGCGCAGCCUGAGGCCAAGCCUGGACUUGGAUCAGAAGUUGUAUUACAAACCGGAUCUUCCAGCGAAGCUGCAGUUGAAGCGAAGCCCAUCAUUCCAACUGAGAGUGACGCAGUGUUGGUGGCUGAAACUUCUGAGGAAGCUGUAUUCCGUGCUGAGCCCACCAGGGUGGUCGAAGCUGAGGCGUUAGUGGAAGGUAAUUUCAUGAACGUGGAAGAAGUUCAACGUAUUCAACCCGCUGCCGAGCCGACACUGGAACUUGACCAUGAUGCCUCCUUUGGGUCCAGCCCCGAGUCAUUCCAUUCCGCUGAGCCUCAAUCGCCGGAUUCAGUCUCUACUCAUCCUACAUCUGUGGGAGGCCACGACUUGCCAGAGUCAGAAGAGAUGUUCAGUAUUUCGAGCACAAAAAACAUCAUUUCUGGAUAUGAAUCGACGCCAGCGGAUCCGUGUAAGACGUCACAGCUCCCAACACUCAAUAUCCCUCAAAGCGAUGACGUCCCAAAUCCAAGCAGCUUGCCUGGUCCUUCAUUAGUGCAUAGUACAAGUUCGAACAAUCCGCCGAGGGGUUUCGCAGAUGCGUUCUCGGACACCUCGCCCUCAAUGGCCCAUACAAGCAAUGGGAAUCAACCCAGCCGUUUUACGGAUGCAUCUUCGGACAAUCACAUGCGGCUAGACCUGCAUGCCAAGGCCGCUGCAUCGAAUACUGAUUUCGAUCACAUGAGCACCGAGUUCCGGCGCCGGGCGAAAGCCACAAGAGAGCGUGACGUUUCCCCUAUGCCUCAUUCUUCGGCAUUGUACCAACCAUCCAGUCAUGAUGGCUCAUCCUUCAUUUCCAAGGCUAUCACCCUAGUAUUGAUACCCCCCGCCUAUCUUUUUGUUAUUCUCCUUCAUAUCGCUGCGCGCGUUGUCAUCAGCCCAACCAUCCACCCGACUAUCAGCUCCACAUCGAGCGAGCCACAUUCUCAGUCCAAGCAAACAAGGAAGGAUCCAGCCACAGAGGAUGACUUCAGUUUUCCACUGGAGCCUCAGACUUCCUCCGAAUACGAGGACGCUGAACUCUUCAAGAAACUCGACCCUUGGGAUCUGGACUAG